AUGCAUAAGCGCGAAGAUGUGCACUCCCUUUAUAAAUCCAUCCGGGCUGAACUUCGAAGGCUAAACCUUUUAUACGCCCGUGCUCCGCUGGACGUCAAAGGUAAUCGUGAGACCUGGCAAGCCCUUAUGCGAAGUACUGGCAUCAAAUCCUCACACCGCUCACGUGCUGUGGUGGACAUGGAUGGUCUAAAUCAGAGUUUCAUCAAAGGUGGAACCGCUCUCACUGCUCUACCUAAUGGAUAUGAAAUGAACCCCACUGAUUUCGUCUCCAGCGUUGCACCUGUCGAUAUUUGA